CAUCGCUCUCACACAAAGGGCGAACUUCCUAACGUGGAAGGGAACCCAAACUUCCGAUAUUCCUGUGAAAAGAAGCCUUGCGCUCCGGCGUCGAUCGCCCUAUAACUAACAAUAGACCUCCGAAAGGAGCUUACGGAGUUUCUUAUUCAGAAAGGCUCGCUACGUAGACUUUCUCGUCCGCGCGUGUGAGAGAGAGCGGGGUUGAGCAAAAAAGGGGCGUAGCCUCCGCUAUGGCAGGCCCUCGCAGGUGGUUGUUGUCAGUCCCUGGCAGCGGGUUAUGGCUACGGUGGUGAUGAAUGAAUUCUCCGGGAGGGAGAGGGAAGAAAAAGGGCUCAAGCGCCUCCAGCUCCCCGACUCGGACCGCCGGAGCCUCCCCUACAUCCGCGGCCGGUCCGGCUCCCGCCCCACACCGCCCACAGGCGGCGGUGGCUUCUCCUCACAAGCGGAAUCUCUACUAUUUCUCGUAUCCGCUUUUCGCCGUCUUCGCGCUGCUUCGUUUCCUCGCCUUCCAGCUCGGGCUGCUCUUCGCCUGGCUGUGCGAGCGCCUCUCUCGCGGCGGGGCGUUGAUGGCCGCCGCCAAGGGCACCAGCCGGGCAGGCGAUGCGCCCGAGUCGGUACGAACCUGUCACAAGCGCGCCUUCGAGUGCAUCUCUACGGCUCUGCGCAUCGACGAAGACGAAGCGGCAGGACAAAAGGAACAAGCUGUUGAAUGGUAUAGAAAGGGAAUCGAAGAACUCGAGAAAGGAAUAGCUAUAUUAGUUAUUGGUCAAGGAGACCAUUAUGAUCGAGCUCGUCGCCUCCAGUCUAAAAUGAUGACAAAUUUGGCAAUGGCCAAGGACCGUUUGCAGCUGUUAGAGAAGAUGCAGGCAGUUAAGCAAAUUCCCAAGCUGCAAAUGGAAGUCCGUAGUGACAAUACUAACCUGGUAUGCCGCAAUGGACAUCUCCAGUCAGAAAAUGGAACUGUUCCAAAAAAGAAGGAUCCACUGUCUCACAGUAGUAAUUCACUUCCUCGUUCAAAAUCUAUGGCAAAGACUGGAUCUGGAGGAUUUUCUGGGCACCAAAGAACACCUAGUUAUACUGGAGUUUCUAAUGUUUCUGCACCUAGAGUUCCUUCAGCUGCAACUCAGAAGGCUACUCCAAAAAAUAAUAGAACCACCAAGCCUUCUACUCCUUCAACUGCUGUACGAAAAAAGAAAGACACAAAGAUUUUCAAAAAUGUGGAUAGUAACCUUGCUAAUCUUAUUCUCAAUGAAAUUGUAGACAGUGGGCCAUCUGUCAAUUUUGAUGAUAUUGCUGGGCAGGAGUUGGCUAAACAGGCACUGCAAGAAAUUGUUAUCCUUCCCUCACUUAGGCCUGAAUUGUUUACAGGACUUAGGGCUCCUGCACGAGGAUUGUUGUUGUUUGGCCCACCAGGAAAUGGGAAGACGAUGCUGGCCAAAGCAGUGGCUGCAGAAUCAAAUUCAACCUUCUUUAACAUAAGUGCUGCAAGUCUGACAUCAAAAUAUGUUGGUGAAGGAGAGAAACUAGUCCGUGCACUUUUUGCAGUAGCUAGAGAACUUCAGCCUUCUAUCAUUUUUAUUGAUGAAGUGGAUAGUUUAUUAUGUGAAAGAAGAGAAGGUGAACAUGAUGCUAGCCGACGUUUAAAAACAGAAUUCUUAAUAGAGUUUGAUGGCGUACAGUCUUCAGGAGAAGAUCGCAUUUUAGUAAUGGGAGCAACUAACAGGCCACAGGAGCUUGAUGAUGCUGUACUCAGACGAUUCACCAAAAGAGUAUAUGUAUCAUUGCCCAAUGAAGAGACUCGACUGCUUUUACUAAAAAAUCUCUUGAGCAAACAAGGAAAUCCAUUAACCCAAAAGGAAUUGGCACAGUUAGCUAGAAUGACAGAUGGAUAUUCAGGUAGCGACUUAACAGCAUUGGCAAAAGAUGCAGCGUUGGGCCCUAUACGAGAAUUAAAACCUGAGCAGGUGAAGAACAUGUCUGCUAGUGAGAUGAGGAAUAUUCGGCUGUCAGAUUUCAAUGAGUCUUUGAAGAAAAUAAAAUGCAGUCUUAGCCCUCAAACCUUAGAAGCUUACAUUCGCUGGAACAAAGCCUUUGGAGACACUACAGUUUGAUCAACAACUUUAUCAAAGAAGGGGAGAUUGUUGUCAGCAAGGGACAGCUGAUUCAAACUAAUGCUGAAUGUUUACAAGACAUCAGUAGUAUCUGCACUUAAAGGCAAGACUGAUUUGUAUAGUUGAUGAUGAGCUCCCUAAACUUUAAUACCAGGAUUUAUACCCAACAAACCAUGAGAGCACAGUAAAAUGGGGAAGAGAAUUCUACCAAUGAAUGAUAGGAAAAAUAUACUUUGUGUACUUUUUUUGUAUUUUCUAAACGUUGCUCAUGAUAUUUACUUUUAUUGUGUUUUUCUUAAUCACUAAGCCUUGCUUUCAGUUUCUUGUGUAUUGAUAAUGUGCCAAAUUAAAAAUAAACCCAUAUGCAUAAGAAUAUUAUUUUGAAAAGUCCACAAUACAAAGCAUUUACAUAGUCUGUUCUUUCUCUUUGUGAAGUCCCACAGUCAAUAUAUUAGUACAACCAAUUGGUAAACCAAAUGGCUUAAAGUUUUUUUUUUUCCUGCAGGAGUUUUCCAUUGCAUUUAUAAAUAUCCAUAGUAGGAUCUUGUUUUUGUAUCAGUCAAAGUAUGAAAUAGUAUUAAUUUAAAUCAACAGAGUUUCUCUUCAGUGCUAGUUUUUGUGACCACAAUGACCAAAAGCCAGAAUGUUCCAUUCUGGUGAUUUUCUAAGAUAUGCAAGUGAUCAUAGCUGUAAUUGUUAAAUUGGUCUUUUAUAUCUACCAUAUGUUUCAGUUUAUAGUUACGCAACCAUUUUUAAAAAUUUUUAUUAAAUUACUUGUAAUAUAAUGGCCUUUUAAUAUUAAAGGAACAGAUGGAUUUACUUCUCUGUCUAAUAUGAUUGGUGUUUACAAAAUGAAUAAUUUAUUCAAUUGUAUGUUUGCUAUAAUAGAAAGGGUAUGAAGUAGAUAAAUGAAUAAAGAUUAAUUCAUUUUUUAAAAUUUAGUAGUUGUGCAAAAGGAUAGAAAAACAGGGACAGAAGAGUAACAUUUCUAUUAAAAUAUUAUUGGUUUCUGAAAGCUACUUUUGAAAGCUACUUUUGAACUUGAAGCAGGAUUUCAUGAAGUUUAUUUAAAUUUUAUUUGACAAUACAUACUAUUUGCAAAUCAACAAUACUAAUCUUAAGAUAAGAUUUUCACACUUCUAGAGAUUUCUUCAGAUGCUAUCUUAUAGAAUAAAUUAUGCCUUAUGUGCAAAGGCAAAUCUAAAAAAUAAUACAUUGUUCUAUUAACAGCUGUUAUUAAAUCUUUGUAUGAGUUAUUAAACUAUCACAGCUUUACUGAAAAUACAAUAAAACUAUGUUACUUGGCUCUUACAGUUUGAUUGAAUAGGGCAAGUAUUUUACUAUCUGAAACUGAUUAAUUGUGAUUUAUCUUUGAGAAUUUGGAAAGGUUAGAUUUCAUACUAUUGUGGAUACCCUUUAAUAUUCUUCUCCUCCGAUUUUAUUUGCUUACACGUAAAGUGUGUUUGUGGGUAUGUACAGAUGCAUGUCUCCAACUUCAACAAAUAUUUGUAAGAUGUAUCUAUUAUGGAAUAAAUUUAAAGCCUCUUUUCCUGUUUUAUUUUUGAAAUAAUUUCAAGACCAUAUUGAUGCAUCUGAAUACAGAAAUACUGCAUAGUAUUAACACUCUUGCUAAAGGUAAAUGAUAAAGAUGUUUGUUACACAGUAAAAGGACAUUUCCAAAAAACUGAUGACACUAGCUACUCUGCUAUUUCAGCUCUUCAUACUGGUACAGUAUACAAUAAAGUGAUUAUACAGUCUUAUUUAAAGUUGUAUUAAUUUUAAUCCUUGAACAACUUACGGUAUACUUGUCUAAAGCUUCCUGAUCAUGUGACCCUUUAUUCUAAAAUUGGAUAAUCUAAUCCAAGGACAUUGAACCUUUUUAUUUUUUCCUUGAUGUACUAAAUGGUUGCCUGAAGUCUCAAUUAGAAUGGUCAUAAUUGUCAUUUUAAAUCUACAAAUACAUCAGACUUCAAAACCUAAUAAUCAAAAUUACUGUCUAUAGAGAUUCUCAAUCAUCCAGGUCAUGGUUGUCCCAAAGGUGCUUUUUUGAAAAGGCAAUUGAACUUUUUUUUCUUUGAAAAUGUUUAACUUCUCAUCCAAGGCUUUAAGUAAAGGCUGCAAUAAUCUGCCUUAUUUUAAUUUAAUUUUAAUUUAAUUUAAUUUCUGAAUUAUGCUUGCAAUCAGAGUCUGAUUGAUUAAAGCAAAAAUUUACUCAGGCAAGUAAUAUUUUAUGCUAUUUGAAUUAGUAUUCUAGGUGAUUUAGAUAUAUAAAAACAGAAUUAAAACUGCCAAAUCAAUUGGCUUAAUUCCUUUUUAAGCAAGUGUUAGAAGUAUUUCAGAUGCUUGCUUAAACAGAUUCUAGAGAUCCUAGUGUAUUCUCUGUAUUAUAGCUUACUUCAUAAGAAUUCAAAUGGCUGAAUUUUGAAUUCAAGUGGUUGAAUUUUUAGCUUCAUGUAUAUUAUAUUUGGUAAAGGCAGUGCUACCUUUCUUAUUAAGCAUUUUUGGGAGGGGGAACAUCUGAAAUCUCAGUUAUGUGUAAGUAUUUAGCAAAUUUUGAAAUAUGGUGGGACGCUACAGACUGUUUGCUUUUAUGCAAUUAAUAUUGCUUUGAAAUAAAGAUAACACUUAAUACAUUUUCAUUCAAGCCAUAAUCGAGCAAUGAUUGUAAUCAUGCCUUAUUUCAAUUCUCUUUAAUAGAAAUAUAUGUGAGAAACAUAGUUAUUUGCCUCAUACCAUUUUAAUAAUACUUCUGUAUUUUCUAGAAAAUAGUGUACUAGGCUCCUCCAGGUUUUUUUAAUGUGCUAGCAUUAAUGAGAAUCUGAUGAAGGCUCCAAAUUCAUUCCAAGAUGGAUGUAGGAUUUAUUUGUUCAAUGAGUAGCAUAAACUGUUACCAUGCCUGUUUUCAGUUAUCAAGCAACCACCAUAAUCUACCCCAUAGCAGUUGGAUUUUUAACCGAUGUUCGUUUACUGUAUCAUCCGGGCUCUUCUGUAACACAUCUUGGAUGUCCAGUGAACAGACAUCCUAGACAAUUUAAAAUUUUGUUUUCAAAAUUCUUCUAAAAAAGGCUUUAUGCUAUUUACAUGGGGAAAAACAGAGGAAAACACUUCUAUCCAUACAUACAAGUUCCUGAAAGUCCUAACAGGCAUCUGUUACCUUUCUGUAAAGAAUGUUCUUCUCAAUUAGUUAUCUCAUUUAAUAAAAACUUGACAUGUAAAUAAGUUAUUUUAAAUCAAAGGUGCUACUAAAAUUAGGAUUUUUUUAUUGAACAGAUUUUCAGAUAUGAAGAGACAACUUUGAACUCAUUUUGAGAAAGUUCUCAUAUUCUAGCUAUUGAAAUUAGGUAUCACAAUAUGAAAUAUUAUUAGGAAAAUGUGUAUAAAUAUGAAAAAUGUUCAUGUAAAAUUAGAUUGACAAACUUAUUUGUUGCAGUUUGUCUUAAUACUCAGUUUUAUUCUAUGUUGAGUUCCUGCAAAUCUCUUGCCUACAGUAUUACUUUUUGCUGUUAAUAUUUCUCAUAUCAUAAGAUAAUGACUGUUGUGGGAUAUUUCCAUUUGCUAUCUCUGAAAUAAGACUAGAAAUCUAACUAUUUAAAUUCUAAUUUACUGUGUUGAAACAGACAAUUUCCUCUGCUGUUAUUUUCUAAAUAAAAAUGUGGAAACAGUAA